AUGGCCGCCCCGAAACAAGUUCACAUUGCCAUCAUCGGCGCCGGUGGAGUCGGCAAAUGCUUCCUCUCUCAGCUUCAGGCUCUGGCCAAGCGCCGACCCUCCCCUCAGCUUAGCCUCUGCUACAUCUCGACAAGCAAAAAGGCCCUCUUCAACGAUGACCAUUCCGAGGUCUACAGCCUGACCAGCGGUGGUGCCGACCUGGUCUCGUCUCUGGCAGCCUCGUCCCGUGAGCCGCCUGCCAUCCCCCAGCUGGUCGACUACCUCGCCUCGGCACCCUCCAAGGUCGUCCUGGUCGACAACACCAGCUCCCAGGCCGUGGCCGACAGCUACCCACAGUUCCUGCGCCGCGGCGUCAGCGUGGUGACGCCCAACAAGAAGGCCUUUUCCGGAUCCUACGGGCUGUGGCGCGACAUCUUCGCCGCGGCCGCCGAGUCCGGCGCAAAGGUCUACCACGAGUCGUCGGUGGGCGCCGGCCUGCCCGUCAUCUCUACGCUCAAGGACCUCGUCGAGACAGGCGACGAGGUCACCCGGAUCGAGGGCGUCUUCAGCGGCACCAUGUCGUUCCUGUUCAACUCGUUCGCUCCGACCGAGGGCCAGGGCGGAAAGUGGUCCGCCGAGGUCGCCAAGGCUAAGCAGCUCGGGUACACAGAGCCCGACCCGCGCGACGACCUCAACGGGCUCGACGUCGCCCGUAAGCUCACCAUCUUGGCUCGCCUGGCCGGGCUCGAGGUCGAGUCGCCCACGUCGUUCCCUGUCCAGAGCCUGAUCCCCAAGGCGCUUGAGUCUGCAGCCAGCGGUGACGAGUUCCUGCAGCGACUGCCCGAGUUCGACGGCGAGAUGGAGGAGGUCAAGGCUGCGGCUGAGAAAGAGGGCAAGGUUGUGCGCUUCGUCGGCAGCAUUGAUGUGGCGAGCAAGCAGGUCAAGGUCGGGCUGGAGAAGUUUGAUCGCUCGCACCCGAUUGCUGCGCUCAAGGGCAGCGAUAACAUCAUCAGCUUCUACACGAAGCGCUAUGGAAGCAACCCGCUCAUCAUCCAGGGUGCCGGUGCUGGUGGUGAUGUCACAGCUAUGGGAGUAACUGGCGACUUGAUCAAGGUUUUGGGUCAGAUUGCAUAG